AUGGUCAGCAACAUGGCCGGCAACAUGGCCGGCAACAUGGCCAGCAACAUGGCCAGCAACAUGGCCAGCAGCACCACGGGUGCUGGUGGCCUGAGCAGCCAAUUUGAUGCGCAGCAAAUGCCGCAGCAACAGCCGCAGCAAAUGCCGCAGCAAAUGCCGCAGCAACAGCCUCGCCAUGACACCCGGGGACAGCCGGAACCCGCGCAGGACCACCGCCGUCAGCGCCGCAAGAACAAUGGGCGCUCUUCAGGCCAGCGUGACUCUCCUGCGCCCAGCCUUAAUCUUCAGCCCGGCCCUUCGCAUCAGAGCAGCUCAGAGCUCGACGCAAUCCUCAAAGCUCUUCCCAAGGAUGUCCGCGAGCCAGUUCUCAGCUGGAUAGCCACGGAGAUCCUGGCUGGACGGCUGCCUGACUUGCCUGAGCUGAAGCGGAACAUAAAGCAGCUGAGCACCUACCACCCGAAAUUCGAAGGCCUCCUGCGCAACUUGUUUGACCGCUACAAGACCAUUUGCAGCCUCAUCUACAUGCUGUCGGAGUACCUGGUCGUGGUGACGGUGCACGAGCUGGAGCGGCACGUGGUCAUGUUUCUGACGCGACGGAAGAACGACACGGAGCCGCUGCCCGCCUUUGAGGACAUCACGGGCCUCUGUCGCUUCCAAGACCUCCACAUUGUGCGCAGCAUCUUUGCUGUUCCACCGGAUGUCGAGAUGCCCAAGUUCACGUAUCAGCGCGUCUUGAAGCAGCUGACACAGAACGCCGCCACGUUUUCAAGCGACAACAAGCCCACAAACGCCGACGUGCAAGAGAUUGCGGAGGAUGCGUUGGAGAAGCUGAUGCAGGAGGAAAACAAACGCCGGCGCGGACUGCGCAAGGCGGCGGGACUGCCGGAAUUCAUGGACAGCGACAGCGACAGCGAUGGCUCCUGGUUCACCACUGACAGCGAACAGAGUGACAGCCAACCCGACGACGAUGAAGAUGAUGAUGAUGAUGACGAUGACGAUGACGAUGAUGAUGAAGAUGAUGAGGAGGAGGAGGAGGAGGGGGCACGGCGGCGUGGGCGCAAAGCAAAAAUGAAGAAGAAAGAGAAGCCUGAAGUGCCGCGAGAGCUCCGUCCCAUUCGCGACAUCCAUCACUUGGGGGUCAAGAUCCACGCAAACACCUUCUGCCGCGUGCUGUGGAACAGGAUGCGCGGAAUUCGUCGCUGGACAGAUGCCCUCCAACACAACACCAUCAGCAACCGCUUCCACCGCAUCGCAGACCAAGUGCCUGGGCGUUCACACUACAAGUACCAGCCACUCAAGGCUCUUCGUGUGUUCAGCUCCGUGACAAAGCUGCUCGUGCGGGAUCCUGGGUUCCGCGCCAACGCGGCGAUGGCACUGCUGUGUCUGCCGGUGACGAACAAAGGCGCCGUGUCCGAGGACAAGAUGGACGCGACGGUGCCGACGGUGGCGGAGGCGAUUGGAGAUUACACGGCAUCGCUCACGUGGGUGACGCUCCAGCUGCUGGAAGGGAGAACGGUCGCAGAGAUCACUGCCGCUCUCAGGAAGAAGAACAUGAUUGAGGGCGAUGCGGGCGAUGAUGACGACGAUGGUGGUGACGAUGACGACGACACCGCGGGCAAUCGUGACGGCGAAAGCGGCGACAGCGACACGCGUGAUGCUGGUGAAGUGGACGAUGAUGAAGAGACACACGGCAACGCUGUGAGCAGCAAGCCCGGCAAGAAGAGCAAAGCCAAGUCAAAGGACAAAGGCAAGCGCAAGCGCCCUGCACUGCUGGUUCCCGGUAGCAUGAAGAAAAAGUUGCAGGUUGGCGCCAUCACCGCCAUCGCCGAGCGCGUUGCCGUGGACACGACGAUCCUCGGGGCGCUGGCGGCGGUGGAGGACGGGCUGGUGCACCAGUUUGAUGUCGGCUGCAUCGCUGAUGUCGGCACAAGUGCAGUAGACAUUGCCACCAACCUGCGCCCGCACAUGAAAGCGCCCGUGUUGAAGAUGCUGCGGCACUGCACUAAAACAUCGGACGCGGUUUCGGCCUCCACACAGACAAUUCGCCUCCCUGGAGAAGACCAGCUGCUCUCCGCGUUGAUUCCAAACCUCCAAGCGGCCGUUCACGCACAGGCGCGCGAGAAAUCCAUGCGCGAUGCAGAUGUGGCGUUCCUGUUCUCCGCCAUCACCACGGCUCUCACCGCCACGACGCAGCAGCACGGGGGCGACCUCACCGCCCUCACCACCGCCACCGCAUUGCGUGUACUCGAGAGCGCCGCGCAGGAGAUUGCGGACGUCUUUGCCGACUUUGGCGUUGCAUUCCGCUUUGGUGUUGACGGCGCUGCUGGCGACGCUGUUGUUCCUGGCGAGGACACAGAUGCCGCUGCCGCUGCCCUACGAAUUGGCGGCGGUAGUGGCGGUGUUGACAAGAGCAGCGUCCACGCCUUCCUCCGCUCCCUCUACGACCUCGGCGUGGUCACAGACAACAGCAGUGACGCCAAAGCGACCGCAGCACGCCUCGUGCGCGCCCAUUUCUGCACCGGAUCCAACGCAGCACACGAGAUCCACAAGUGGGUGUCCAGCUUCCUCGACCGCCUGCACACGCUUGACCUGGAUAAGGCCCCACUGUCCAUCCUGCCACUCGCUGCCUUUGCCCACACGGCCGCUCACGGUGGCACCGACAGCGCCGGGGACAUCAACGGUGAAGCAGCUGCCAGCGACAACACCACCAGCAGUAGCAGUGACGAUGGCGCUGAUGCGGGCGGCGUGCUUGACACGACGAUGCAGGACGCAAUGGCCAUGGUCGAGGCGGCACCUUGCAUGUGUGACAUCGCCACCGCCGUCGGCUGGCGUCGCGUCUUCCAGCACCAGCACGGCUCGCUUUCCGUGUUCAUUGCGCGCGCGUUCGGCUCCCUCACGCAACAGCUCGGCGCCAUCACCAGCGCCGCUGACAGCGUCCUUGAUGGCGACGGCGUGCUGAGUGCGAGCCAACAGCACGUGUACGUGGAAGUGGAGCACGGCGUGGUGUGGAAGGUGCCGUUUGUGGCCGUGCACGCGGCGUUUCACCCGGAGUCACGGCCCGUCGACGUUGCUGCGGCGCUCACCGUACACGUGUUGCAGAGCAGUGGCGCCAUUGGUGCGGAUCUGCUCAAGCAGCAGCUGAGACGGGCGUGGUCGCGCCAAGACGCGACGUGGAUAUGCGAGCACGUGCUGGCCGUGCUGUCCCACCUGCCGCCACCGCUGCUGUCUCCCGUUGGCUACGACGUGCUCGUUGAAGGCGCACGCGGUGUUGUACCGGAGAUGCAUACGAAACUGCUGCAUGCGGCCGCGACGCCAUUCCACCGCCUCCUCCUCCGCCAGAUGGGCCGCCCUGCUCGCAUCAGAGACUGGAACAACGCUGCACUGCAGGCCACUGAUCAGGCUGCCUCGCGUGUGCAAUCGUCUGCGCCCCUCAGCCGCAUCGGCAGCAACGCCGCGCCCUCUGCCGAUGCACUUGCAUCCCGCACACCCUCCAGUGCACUGCCACCAACAGUGUCUGGCACCACACUUCUGGGGCAGGAUGGCGAUGGCACUACUGGCAACUCUGUCACCACCGCCACCGCCACCACCACCAAUGGCACUGGUGGUGUUAUUGGUAAUGAGGAGGAUGUGCACGAUGCUGUGCUUGCACGCGAGAUGCCUGAGGACGAGUGCAACGCUGUGCUCAGGGCGAUUCGCGCCGACCACGGCGAAGGCCUUGACGACGGCAUGACCGAGGAGAAGAAGCGGGCCGUGCAGCAGCUGCGCCAUCUCGUGCAGCAGUCCGUGGAGAAGCUCGCCAGCGACCUCUACGCAUCCACUACCCACUUCGUCAUGGAGCUCGUGCAGAACGCAGACGACAACACGUAUCUCACCAACGUCCCCGCCCUCUCCAUCACCAUCGCCAAUGACCGCUUUGAGCUCCGCAACAAUGAGGUUGGAUUUAGCGAGAAGAAUGUGCGUGCGCUGUGCUCCAUCGGCAACAGCACGAAAUCGGCGAGCGAGGCGCGGUUCAUUGGCCACAAAGGGAUUGGCUUCAAGAGCGUGUUCAAGGUGACACACUGCCCGCAAAUCCACUCCAACAACUUCCACUUUGGGUUUGACGUGAAGAACAACCCGCUCGGGUAUGUGCUGCCGCACGCCAUUGCGCCGCCGCCAAACUGGCGCGCACGCGAGACCGUGAUUGUGCUGCCCUUUGACGAGCCAGACACCAACAGCGGCACCAACAGUGGCAGCGGUGGCAGAGUGGCGGUGACGCGAGAGUUUAGGAACGACUUGAAGGAGAAGCUGGACCCGUCGCUGCUGCUGUUUCUGCACAAACUCAAGCGGCUCGACUUCCAGGACACCGUCCUCAACGAGAAGAGGUCCCUGCAGCGCACACCCCGCAACACCAAGGGUGUCGUGCAAAUCACCGCCGACAGUGACCGCACGUACUGGCUGACACGUAAGCUCGACCUCGCCCCAGACCCGACGCUGCGGCAGGGGGUGACGGCCACGGAGAUGGUGAUUGCGCUGCCACUGCGGCGAUACAAGCAGGAGGAGCGCCUGCAGAGCUACGAUGUGUUUGCAUUCCUCCCCGUCUCGGACUACCGCUUCAAGCUCAUCGUACAAGCGGACUGGAUGCUGACGUCCAGCAGGAACGCCAUCCACGAAGGCUCUGCAUGGAACCAGUGGCUGCUGAAGCAGGUGCCUGCGGCGUUCAAAAGCCUAUGCGAACACGUCCUGUCCCUGUGCACCAAGUACUUUGACGAACCGGUCAACGACGAGGAUGAGGAGAGCAGCAUGUACGACGAUCAUGAUGACAACAGUGAUGCCGACGACGAUGAAGACUAUGAUGACGACGACGAAUCGGCGACGUCCGAUGAAGACGAGCAGCUCACGGCGUGCAUGCAGGCACGCAAUCUGCUGCAGCUCACCAUCGCCUCCCUGCCCAAGCCGGGCGACACGCGCGACGUGUUCCGCCACACCCCGCAGGAGGUGUGCAAGGCGCUGAGACACGUGCGCUUGCUGCCCACCACGGAGCGCACGUUUGUGCGGCCGGAGCACGCGGUGCUGCCGCCAUCAAACCCGCCGCUCUCAGCGGAGAUGAAGGAGGAGUUUGUUCGGCUGCUGCGCAAACACGACCGGCACAGGCUCGCGUUUGUGCACGAUUCACUGCACAUCGACCCCAUGCUCGCACGCGCCCUUGGGGUGCAGGUGCUUGGUGGCGAUCUGCUUGUGGAUCUGCUGUAUUCCCACUACCACAGAAGCACAAAGGAGGCAGCGGCAGACGGCGGCAGUGGCGGUGUGCAGCCGUUGUCACCAAAGAUGCUUGCAUGGAUCCUCAAUCGCAUUGAUGAGACGCGUGCGCAUCUGUCGCUCAAGCACACGCAGCGCCUCAACUGCACCAAGUUUGUGCCGCUGCUUGGUGGCGGCCACGCGUCCUUCCAGGGGGGCGACAUGUACGAGAUGGACACCGCCAUCGCACACGACUUUCCCUUCUUGAAGCAUCAUCGCAUCGUGCUUCCGUCGUUCCUCGCUGCAUUGCAAAGCGAGAACAAAGCAGGCGCCAUCAGCCUUCUCAGAUCCCAUGGCCUCAAACCGGGCGCUCGCGACUCAUUCCUGCACGAUAAAGUGUACCGCCUCCUCGUCGACCCGCAGUCAUCGCCGCAGCGGUUGCGGGAUGAUGACUUGGUCGACAUGACCGUGUUCUGUGUUGCAUUUGGACACGAGCACCAAAUCCCCAUCGAAAAGCAGUCAGCUGCACUCGCUAAAGCAACGCUGCUCAAGUCCUCCAUGCAGCGGGUCAAGCCGCCGUUCUCAUCGCUGCACAUCCCGUUCCGCGCAGAUGGCGGGCCGUCGAAGGUGUUUGAGUACCUGACGGAUGACUUCAUGUGCGACCACGUGCUCGACCUCCCCUGCAUCUCCCCGCAGUAUUUUCACCGCGCGGCCGCUGCCGACACAACGCCAGCAGGCGACCUCAAAACACGCCUGCAUGCUUUCUUCAAGCUGCUCGGUGCCACCGAGUUUGUGCCUGUGGAUGUGUACACAUCGCCGGAGCCGUCCAGUGCCUUCACUCUCGAGAGUGGCAGAGAUGCCAAAGACGUGCACUCUGAACAUGUGCUGGUGCGCGAUGUUUGUUGUCCACUCCUUGCUGAAGCGCUGCCGCACAUGAGUGAUGACCAGAGGCGCUUGUUCUGUGCGGAUCUUCUUGGCAACCACCUUGCUGCCGUCGCCAAGCUGAUGCGCAAGGAAGUCCAGGUCGGAGACGAGUGGUUGCCAACCACAACACCGUCGUCACUCUUCACGACGCUGGCUGAGCAUUGUUGGGUGCUCACGACUGACGGCGAGCUCUGUACUCCGAAGGACGUGUUUGUGUCUCUUCCACCCACAUCCCCAGUGAAGCCGCUGUUCCGGCGCGUGGCGUGGGGCGACAUCCGCCCCUCCGCCGAUGCACGCGCGCACCUCAAGCGCAUUGGUAUUCGCGAUGCACCGACAUCACAAGACGCCUGGCGCGCCAUCACCACCACCAUCACUGCUGAUGCUGCUGAUGCUGCUGAAUCGCCCAAGAGUGCUGUGCUUGCAGGCAAACGCAUCACAGCGGAUGUGGUCCUGGCGGCGCUGGCGUUUGUGGACGCGGAUGCCGCCUUUGUGCAAUCGCUGUCCACAACCGACACGUCUACGACGUGCUUGCUCAUUCCAAUGCACGGUGGCACGGAGCCCAAAACGAAGAGCAACAGCAGCACAAACAGGAAGGAGCAUGCUGCCAGCAAGAGCAGCACCGCCACGAGCGGUGUCACGACGGCCAUCAAGAUGCAGCCCGUGCCGCUGUCCUCGUGUGUGUGGGAGGAGCCAAGUCACACGAAGAAGGUGUGGCCGUCUCAGCGCCAUAGUGCACCAACACCACGAGAGAGCGCGCGCAUUCUCUUCAGAGACGUUUUGGACAAAGUCGUCCUCACAGACCAUCUCCCGAGCCGCACAAUGCCGCAGGUCCUGCAGCAGCUAGGCGUUCCUGUGCGGCCCACGUUGGAAGAGUAUGUGACGGCGGCUGGCGUGCUGCACCAGAGACAGGAGGAAGCGAGGAAGGCGCGCGACGAGGGCCUGAAGCGCUUGUGCACAUACAGCCUCUUGCGCGUCCUCACCAACAUCGCAUACAUGGUACCAGCUGGUCUUCGCUUUGACGAAGAUAAGAAUGAGGAAGAGGAAGAGCAGCACGACGGAGAUGACAGCGCUGUUGGACGCCAAGCAUUGUCGCAGGAAGCAAAAGGUGUGCGAGACAUGCUGCGGAAGCGCUUGCCUGUGCCAACAACCGCAGAUUUGGAGAUGGUGUCAUGCGAUGGCCCCGUUUUCCUCGCCAACGACACCGACCUGUGGGCAAGCUUGCGCGUUGAGGAGUGCUUCAACACGACCCCUGCCCGCUUUGUGCUGAAGGACGCGUUGGCAAGCAACAUGCCCAUCAAGGACGCGCGCCGGAUUCUACCGCACGUGUACACGACCGUUCUCAAUAUUCCCACCACGAUGAAAGCACCGCAGCUGCAGGCCGACGUGCUGGCCCUGGAGGAGGCAAGGAAGAUUGGCUAUGGCGAGAUGCACCCGCUUCGCCGCAUCGCACACGGCGCGUCUGGGGAGGUGUGGGAGGCCGAGUGGGACGGCAUCACGGUGGCGCUGAAGGUGCUGCGGCAGAACGUGGGCUUCUUUGACGCGGCGCAGCGGCAGGAGUUUGACACGGAGGUGAAGUUUCUGCAGCGCACGCGACAUCCAAAUGUCGUGCGCUUCUUUGGUGCGGGCACCACCCCCACGGGGUUGCCGUUCCUUGUGCUGGAGUUUGUACCGUUUGGCUCCAUGCGAGACCUCCUGCGGAGCGACUUGGCAGACGUGUUGCGCAAGCACGUGCAGGCGCUGUCAUCGUCAUCGACAUCGCCCAUCGAAGCACACAUGGUCUCGCCCGAAAUUGACUGGACAGCAGUCGCGCGUUUUCGUGAGCUGCCGGAGGAUGACGAUGAACACGACGAGGACUUUGUGCGGACGGUUGGUCGAGCAGGAGAGGACACGGCAUACCGCCUGUUGAUUGCAGAGAACGGCCACCAGCUGCUCGCUGAUGCCAACGCAUAUGAUUGGCAGUGGAUGAACGAACAAAAGGAGACGGGAGAGCCUUUCGACAUUCUUGGCACAGCGAAAGAAGGCACCGAGAAAGUGUACGUGGAAGUGAAAACCACCGUUGGUCCAAAGAACUCAGUGCGCGUGUCAUCUUACGAGGUGGCGUGCGCAGUCGAACAACGCCAGCGUUUUGCGCUCAUGUACGUUGUGCUUGAUCCUGCUGAACGCAAGGCCAGCGCGGCUGUGAUUGUGGACCCCAUCUUCACCCAGCAGCACGUUCUCCUGCCCGUGUUGCCACCACAACAUGAGGAGGAGUGAUGUGGCAGUUGUUGUUUAAGUUGUAGUUGUUGUUUAAGUUGUUGUUGUUGUUUAAGUUGUUUAAGUUGUUGUUGUUGUUGUUGUUGUUGUUGUUCUUCUUCUU